UGACAAGCAUCUGACAUUGCUUUUUGUGUGGCUGUGAUACUCAACAAAAAUAUAGUGUUUCAAUAAAGCAAAUUUUAUUGCAAUGUGACUUCGUUUAUUGAACAAAAAUUUAUCAUUUUCAUUUGAGUGUAAUGUUAGGUCAUAAUUCGUAGCAUAUUAUAUAUCUUAUUUUGAUAAACACAAAAUUCUAGUCAAUUAAACAUGAGCCUGUAGUUGAAGGUUCGAUAAAAUAAGAGGAUAAUCAUAUCACCAUCUUAGCAUGUACAGCAGAAAUUAAUUGUGAAAUUAGGUGAUGAGUGCCAAUGAAACUGCAACUUUGGUAAACACCUGUUGCGAAAACGAAGUACAUGGUGCUUUAUCCAUUACUGGUAGUGAUAUUUCAGCCGAAGACAUUCCUUUAGUUCCUGAAGUCAUUUUCGAAUCUACGUUGGAUUCCCCAGGGUUAAGAGAGUCACAGCCACUUCUGGGAGGGCUUGAUGUCUCUUACAAUAGUUUUCCAGAUGAUCCCUCGUUUGCCGAUUUGGUAUGGCAAGCAGAAGUGGCCAUUGACAAUGGAAUUUUCCCAGAAAGAAUAUCUCAAGGCUCCAGUGGAUCUUAUUUUGUCAAAAAUCCAGCAGGGAAGAGCAUUGGAGUUUUUAAACCAAAAGAUGAAGAGCCAUAUGGUCGUCUCAAUCCUAAAUGGACAAAAUGGAUGCAUAAAUUAUGUUGUCCAUGCUGUUUUGGCAGGUCUUGUUUGAUACCUAAUCAAGGGUAUCUAUCAGAGGCAGCAGCUUAUUUAGUUGAUGCCAAGCUCAAGCUAGAUAUCGUACCAAAAACAAAGGUUGUUAAGUUAGUGUCAGCAACAUUCAAUUAUCCCAGGUUUGAUCGACAAAAAGCGAGAAUGAAAAGGGCUAUCAUGGAACAAUUUCCAAAUGUUGGGUUGAGAUUCAAUAGAAUAGGCCUACCUCCCAAAAAUGGAUCAUUUCAAUUAUUCGUUGAUGGUUACAAAGAUGCAGAUUACUGGCUUAGGAGAUUCGAACAGGAGCCCCUACCUCCUAAGUUAGCCCAAAAGUUCCAAUUGCAGUUCGAAAGAUUGGUGGUUUUAGAUUAUAUUAUACGUAACACUGACCGCGGUAACGAUAAUUGGCUCAUAAAAUAUGACUGUCCAACAUUAGCCAAUGGAACUUCUGCGAACACUGUUAGUGCCCAAGUUGAAUUGAUUGAUACAACAGAAUGGAAUUUGGUUCAAUUACCUGAAAUUAGCAUUGCUGCUAUAGAUAAUGGUCUUGCCUUCCCAUAUAAACACCCAGAUAGUUGGAGAGCCUAUCCUUAUCAUUGGGCCUGGUUAUCUCAAGCAAAAGUUCCUUUCAGCAAAGAAACUAAAGACUUGGUGUUACCAUUGCUCUCCGAUAUGAAUUUUGUGCAGGACUUGUGUGAUGAUUUGUACCUACUGUUUAAACAAGAUAAAGGGUUUGAUCGAAGUUUUUAUGAAAGACAGAUGUCUGUUAUGAGGGGCCAAAUUUUGAAUCUAACCCAAGCUCUCAAAGAUGGAAAAUCACCGGUACAAUUAGUACAAAUGCCUGCUGUUGUUGUUGAAAAGUCUCAGAGUCAGCAUACUUCUAGAUUUUUCAACUUCACCCAACGCUUCCAAGAUAAGAGUCCAUUUUUCUCGUGGUGUUGAGAUGACUAUCUGCUCUACAUUUCCUUUUAAUUAUAAUUUUAAAAUUUAAUUUGUGAUCAUGAAAUAAAGUUAUUAUAAUUUUAUUGUAUACAGUUGAAAACAAACACGUUAAUUAAAUGGAUAAUUUAUUUAUUUAA